CACAUGUCUCAGUAUUAAGCGAGAUCUAUUCUGGGGUUAAUUCACACGGAUCAGGAUUUUUAGCAGAACCCCACGAAGAAUUCGCUCAAGAUGGCACGAAUUGCGAUUUUCGUUCUUAUCGCAGCCUUGAGCUCAGUGUCAUUGGCAGCUGAUAACAAGACUGAAGAGUCGAAUGACAUGUUCGUCAAUGUCCAGGGGAAAUCUGGAAAGAUGAUGAUCCACAAAAAAGGUCAAACACCCAGUGACGGCCUCAUGGUUUCCUACGAAGACCUUAAAGAGGUCGACCAAGGUGGCUCUGAUGUUGGUAUGAGCGGCGGUACGAAACAUUCAUUCAACAACUUUGCGACUUUGAACUUCACUUUCACUGAUGCUGUCGAUAAACAAUUAAAGGGAAUCGACGCAAAGUAUUUCACAUUUAUGGCAAAUAUCCCGGAUGUGGGUGCGAUAUAUACAUCUGAAGUCUACAUCUUUAAGAAGAACGGGUCAUUUGAAUGGGGUGACGAGGAAGUCGAGGUUGAACCAGGCACCGUCAAGUUCAACAUCAAGAUCGAGAACUGGAAGUUCUGCGGGCAGCAAGUUGUCUGCCAGAAAGGCGGCAAAAACGAGACAGGUUUCUUUCUGGACUCUACAGUAUGUUUUAAAGGGAAAACUGAGGGAAUGAAGAAGAACAUGGGACAAGACAAAGGACCCAAAGGAAAGAAGAAGGCCGCACGCUUCGCGUUUGGGGAUGCCUUCGUCGACAUGCCUAUUGGGAUUAUGAAAGAUACAAUGAUGAGUAACAUCACCGAACCUCAAAUGACUACAACUGCAGGCAAGACGUGUUUUAUCUUGCGAUUCCCCAAGUUUAUGGACAAGGUCAUCUUCGAUCCCUUAGUUUCGAUAAACUAUACCUCACCUACCGCGACUCCAAUGCCGACAACGACCAAAGCCGGUGCUAACCCCAUGAAGUGGAACGUUGCCUUUCUCCUGGUGGCUUUUUUCGCCACUUUGCUCCAGUAAUAAAUAGCGAUGAACACAGACCUAAUUAAACAAAAAAAAAAAUAGCAGGUAAACAACUUUUUGCAAAUCAACGUUACAUCACAGUGACAGAGUGGUAACCAGGGCUUCUCGUGUUUUCUAGUUCGUUUUCUGUUUUGGACGCUUUUUGAGUAGACGGAUGUCACCUGAAGUGGCUCAAUGUAGGAAAAGUGUCGUAGUAUUUAGUCUUUAAGCUUGUAACGCCGAUAAUUCUGAAAUUUACCUUUGUACGUCAAAAAACAUUAUAAUAAAUAUGCUGUUAUGAUUCAUA